CUUGGUGGCGGCAUGGCCUUCCAGGGCUGUGACUCCCUCGGCCUCUUGGUCUGGCUCUUGCUGCUUCAGACGCGAUUGGGCAAAGCCCCUAUGGUUCCAGGGACGCUACCGUCUCUUUCUCCUCUCCCGUCAGAGAAUGGCCUCGAUGACCCGGGUGUAAACCCACAAGAGAGGCCGCUCACAGGGAUGCCUGAGACCUCGCUGCCUCUCAAACCUGGGGGUAGCAUGACGCCCUUUGAUUCAAUGGGAUUUACUCCAGGUCACUCUUUUUCAUCCAUGAGUCUGUCAAGGCAAUCGUUUCCACCAUGGAUUCCACCCACUUCAGCUUGUGGCCACAGAACUGCGAGGAUAGUUGGUGGAAAGCCUGCGCCCAUAAGGAAGUGGCCCUGGCAGGUGAGCCUGCAGGUCCACAAGCAGCACAUCUGUGGUGGCUCCCUCAUCAGUAAAUGGUGGGUGAUGACCGCAGCCCACUGUGUCUCGGCCAUCUGGAUUACGUAGUGUCGAUGGGAGAGGCUGACCUGUGGUCCAGUAUGUCAGUGAAGAUUCCAGUCCAAGACAUCAUUGUCCACCAAGAUUACUCUGUGAUGAGAACAAUUGUACACGACAUUGCCCUUGUUCUGCUGGCCUUCCCCGUGAAUUACAGUGUCAACAUCCAGCCUGUGUGCAUCCCUGAAAAGUCUUUCUUGGUACAACCGGGGACCCUAUGCUGGGUGACUGGAUGGGGCAAAACAAUUGAACGAGGUAGAUCAUCAAGGGUGCUUCGGGAGGUUGACCUAAGUAUUAUUCGUCACGAGAAAUGUAAUCAGAUCCUUAAGGACAUCACAGGAAGAAUAUUUACCCUAGUCCAGGAAGGGGGAGUCUGUGGCUAUAAUAAGAAAGGAGGCGAUGCCUGCCAGGGAGAUUCUGGGGGGCCCAUGGUCUGCGAAUUUAAUAAGACAUGGGUGCAGGUAGGGAUCGUGAGCUGGGGCCUUGGCUGUGGUCGAAUCGGAUACCCUGGAAUUUAUACAGAAGUGAGUUACUACAGAGACUGGAUCUUUAAGGAACUGAGUCGAGCUUCGUGUUGGAAGUCAUUAAACUUCCUCUUCUUAAGCCUGUGCCUGGUGCUUCACCUGGGCAUCCUGGUGACCCCGUGAUCUCUACAGCCCAUGGUCCUCUUGUUUCUGAGCCUCCACUAGGCUUCUCCUCAGACCUAAUUUCCCUGCCAAUGCUCUUUCUUCAAAUUCUACUUGGGAUCGAUUUGUGGAGCACAGCAGGGAGUUUGGGGCUUGUAAAAUGUCCGGCCCUGGUACCCUUUGUCAUCUGCCUCAGCUACCACUGUAUUAAGUCUGUGCUUUACCUGGAGCGAAGGAGUGUGGACCACUUCCGGGUAGAGGACUACCUGGCCUGCCAGUGGAGGGAGAGAACUCGUCUCCUUGAGUUAUCUUGGAGAAAGAACAUCUCUAGAGGAGAGACUUCAUCAGGAUUGAAUGGGCACUAGACGUAACUGGCUGCCAAUAGCUCUUACCAGAGACUCUGACGUACCCGUGAGAUCUGUAUACUCAGAGGAGGCGUUUCCUGCAGAGGUGCGCAGCUGGGACGUCUACAUCUGGCUCAGUUGCGGUUUGCAGCAUUUUCCCUGUGCCAUGGUGGGAAUCCAUCCGUGAGCACAAAACUUUUGCUACACAAGCCUCCUGGGAGCAACAACCCUGACGGUACCUGCUUCAACAGUUCCCUCACAGCCACUUCCGGGACCACCCUAAGUUGAGGCGGUGCAGUUUUGGAGAGGAUAGAUUUUAGACAUGAACGGAAUAAACGUGUCUUGUGUGUUCUGAA